GACCAGCUUUUCAUCUAUCGUCUGUUUGUGCAAUUGAGGCUACAUCGUCUGUAAUACUAUUUCAUUGUUGAUUCUUGAAUUGUAUUACUCUUGUCUAUUUGUUUAAUUAUUUUUGCUCUUUGGUUUGAGAUCUUGACGAUUGGUUCUGUAUAUUCGUCAUCGAGUCUGCAGAAAUUAUCCUGGGAUCUGUCUGCUGAGCUGAUUGAACUUCAAUUGGCCUUGAUUGAUUAGUCCAUUAAUACGACUGGAUUUCGUACAGGACAGAGAACCCCUCACUCUGCCCCUCGCCCGUGACUUGUGCCCCUCCAGAAACAGUCAAAAAAACACCUGAAUCCUAAGGCAAAAUGGCAACAAUGUUCUCCCGGGGCCUUAGAGCAUCACUCACCCCACCUUCUUCUUUUCGCUCGGUCUCCUCCUUCUUGACUACUUCUUCUGCUUCUCCUGCCACUUCAGCUUUUGCUUCCAUCCGUCGUCCUACUCUCUUCAAUUGCUCUUCUUCUCAGUUUCAAGCUGCUCGUGCUUUUCAUCAAUCUUCUGCAGUCAUGUCUUCUUCCGCUUACUUUGUCGUCGAGUACGGCCCUGCCGGUAACACCCAGACUGGUCGUAUCGACUUCAAGCUCUACAAUGAUGUUGUCCCCAAGACUGCCAAGAACUUUGCUGAGCUCUGCAAGGGAUACACAGACGAGACUGGCAAGGUUUUGACCUACAAGGGCUCUUCUUUCCACCGUGUUAUCCCUCAGUUCAUGCUCCAGGGUGGUGACUUUACCCGUGGUAACGGUACCGGUGGAAAGUCCAUCUACGGCGAGAAGUUUGCUGACGAGAACUUCAACGUUCGUCACGAGCGCCCUGGACUCCUCUCCAUGGCCAACGCUGGUCCCAACACUAACGGCUCUCAAUUCUUCAUCACCACCGUCAAGACCAACUGGCUCGAUGGCAAGCACGUUGUCUUCGGCGAGGUCACCAACGGAUACGAACAUGUCCAGGCCAUCGAGAAGCUUGGUAGCUCCAGCGGCGCUGUCCGUGGAACUGCCAAGAUCGUCGACUCUGGUGCCGCUUAAAAUGUUUCUAUAACUCUUGUUUUAAAAUGUUUUCUAUUUGCUUAUAGAAUCAUUCUACCGUCUAUUCUGACAUUGUGGUGUUUGGAAGAGUCUGGUAGAUUGGUAUCUAUUUUUGCCAUUAGCUUAGUCAAGUCAUUGAGGAAAUGCAAUGUUGUAUUUCUGAGAUCUCUGCUUUCGAGAAGAGUCUCUGAGAAUUUUGGCAAUCGUCCUUUCAUACAUAAAUCUAAAACCCAACAUUAAUUUAU